AUCUUAGUUUCCGCUCUGUUGACAGCGGGGCGACAGUCGACGCGAGGACUGGCGGGCUGAGCCAAUAGGAAGCGCCUUUGCGGGCAGGCGCAGUUGCGUUGCCGGAGGUUUUCCUUGACUGGCGAACUGAGAAGAGCGUGGUCAACUACACUACUACAGCUUGCUGCAGCUUGGUGCUACAACUUGCUGCAUGAAUUAUUUUAAAGUGCUCAUACUGAUUAUAUGCAUAUAUUCCGUUAAGCACAAGGAUAAAAAUGAACGGAAACUGAAAAGCACAGAACUUUGUCCAUAGAAGAACAAAGUCUCCUGAAGUAUAUUUCAUUUCCUAAAAACACUUUUGGGGGACUAGAAGUGUCGGUGGAAGCAAUGACAUCCAUGAGCACCACAUUGGGGACACCUGUGCUGGUCUGUUUUGUAGUAUGUAUGCACAUCAUAAAAGUUACGAAAUAAUCAAUUCUGUGUUGAUAAUGAAAAUUAGGGUCACAAUGUUACUAUAAGGAAUCAUUCACUCAUUUUGCAUGUCUGGAGGCAUUUGAGAGUGCAGUUUGCGUAUCGUUUGGACAAGUUUCGUAACCAAAGCACUGCUAUGUUACGAGAUGCCAUGGGAAGGACUUUUCGACUUCUUGGGUACACUAUUCAGUAUGGGUGUAUAGCUCAUUGUGCCUUUGAAUAUCUCGGUGGAAUUGUUGUGUGCUCAGGACCUUCAAUGGAGCCUACAAUUUAUAAUUCAGAUAUUGUGUUUUCAGAUAAUCUCAGCUGCCAUCUUUAUUCCAUUCAGAAAGGUGAUAUUGUCAUUGCAAAAAACCCAAAUGAUCCAAAAUCAAAUAUCUGUAAAAGGGUAAUUGGCUUGGAAGGAGAUAAAGUCUGUACAAGUGGUCCUUCAGAUUUUAUUAAGAUGCACAGUUAUGUACCUAAAGGACAUGUUUGGUUAGAAGGUGAUAAUCUCAGAAAUUCUACCGACUCCAGGUGUUACGGUCCUGUUCCAUAUGGGCUGAUAAAAGGACGUAUUUGCUUUAAGCUAUGGCCUCUGACGGAUUUUGGAUUUCUGCGUGCAAGUCCUAAUAGUCACAGGAUUUGUAAGAACUGAGUGAAUUAUACACAUUUGAGUCCUCCUACAGCCUUAAAAAAACAAAUCUCCAUAAAGAUAUUUUUAUAUACAAUAAAAAAUUGUGCAACUAA